AUUCCUGUCUGGCAACUAAGGGCGCUGUGAGUUGGGCCGGCACGUGUCCGUGUGUUUAAAGUUUGAGAGGAUUUACGUAACUUAUAGUUUAAGAAACAGAUUAACAGAAAGAACCAUGAGCAGAGGGGGCUUCGGCGGAGGUGGAAACUAUGGUGGGGGUGGAGGCUUCAGAGGCCGAGGGUAUGGUGGUGGUGGUGACCGAGGGGGCCGAGGCGGCGGUUGGGGAAGGGGAGGUGGUGAUGGAGGCUACGGAGGUAGAGGUAGUAAUGGAGGCUAUGGAGGUAGAGGUGGUGGUGGCGGCUACGGGGGAGGAAGAGGAGGAGGAGGUUUCCGAGGUGGCAGAGGACGAGGGGGAUACGGUGGGUACGACCAGGGUCCACCGGAGGAAGUAGUUGAAUUUGCCUUCUUCAGCCACCCAUGUCAAGAUGACCUGGUUUGCAAAGUGACGGAAGAAAGGGUUCCGUUCUUCAACGCCCCACUCUAUUUGCAAAACAAGCAGCAGAUUGGGAAAGUGGACGAGAUUUUUGGUCCUAUUAAGGACUAUUUUGUGUCCGUAAAGCUUCAGGAUGAAGUCAAAGUUCACUCGUUCAGUGAGAAACAAAAGUUUUACAUUGACCCAAACAAGCUAAUGCCCUUGCAGAGGUUUCUGCCCGGUAACCAAAACAGAGCUGGCAGACGAGGUGGCGGUGGCAGAGGCCGCGGUGGUGGCGGAAGAGGCAGAGGAUUUGGAGGCCGCGGAGGCGGAUUUGGUGGCAGAGGUGGUGGAUUUGGAGGCAGAGGAGGGUUCAGGGGACGGGGAGGUGGCGGCGGCGGAUUUCGAGGACGAGGACGAUCAUUCCGUUAAACUUCACAACAUAAAUGCUGCCUCACGACCCAUGUACAAAGUUUCUCAUCUGUUUCAGUGGAGUAAAGCAUCUUUUAUAUUUA